CCAGCUCGGGCAGAUUUGAGAUAAAAAUUGAUUUCGUGUUUUAUUAUUAAACGUGAAUUAUUCUACAACACAACGGCAACCGAACAGCAAUUUACAUUGUUCGUCGGCUAUAACAUAUAAUUCAGUGAAUGUUCGAAAAUUAUAAUUUUCCGCCUCCGUACCACAGCUUUCACGAGGAAAUUUCUUCUCUAUAGAAAAUUUAUUGUUUUACGGAAUUCUGCGAACAAAAGCCAUAAAGGAUUUGUUUUCAAAUUACGUACCAGUGUUAGAUGUUUACCUUUUAACUAUUGGAGCGUUCUGUGUAUGUGCUUUAAUAGGGUUUUCAAUCGAUAUAGAAUAGGAGUAGAAAUCUAUUGUAGUAAUAUGAUUGUGCAUAUUUCGCAUACGAACUGAUACACAGGCCAAUGGAUAUGUGCUGAUACAGACGGGCUGAGUACCAUUUGUGAAAAUUGCAUAGUCGUGUUUAGACAUGGGGCGGUUUACAGGGAAGAAAUGUCGACUUUUGUCGAUGUUAUGGCUGACGGGAAGCUUCUUUUUUGUGGAGCUGAUUGUGGGCUACGUCACCAACUCUAUGGCGCUCGUCGCAGACUCUUUCCACAUGCUCAGCGAUGUUGCUGCUCUUGUUAUCGCUUUCCUUUCAGUUAAAAUGUCACCAAAGAAAUGGUCAAAGAACACCUUUGGGUGGGCGAGAGCUGAGGUUCUAGGCGCCUUGGUGAACGCUGUAUUCCUCGUGGCUUUGUGCUUCAGUAUAACAGUGGAAGCUGUCAAACGCUUCAUCGAGAUCGAAAUCAUCCAUGAUGCCAAGUUAUUAGUUGCUGUUGGUACCCUUGGAUUGCUGCUUAACGUUGUCGGAUUGUUCCUAUUUCAUGAGCACGGAAGCAGUCACGGGCACACACACGGCGGUGUACCGCCACCUUCCAACGUUAGACACUUAACAGAAAUCGUUAAUAGCAACGCUGACAUGGCCCUCGGCCAUAACGCAACGGACACUGAAGAAACAGACGAAAUGGUAAAAACGGAUAAGACGCCAAAUAAAAACAAACCAGCGCCGCAUCGACCCACUGAUCCGGGGCAUAUGAACAUGAAGGGCGUCUUCUUGCAUGUACUGUCUGAUGCCUUAGGUUCGUUGAUUGUUGUCGGGUCGGCGUUGAUCGUAUGGCUAACCGACUGGGAGUACAAAUACUACAUCGACCCAGCGCUGAGUAUCGUCCUAGUCAUCUUGAUACUUGCGUCUGUAUGGCCUUUGCUUAGAGAAUCUGCACUCAUUCUUCUACAAACUGUACCAACACAUAUUCAGGUGGAUGCUAUCCAAAGGCGAUUGUUGGAGAAAGUAGAUGGGGUUCUAGCAGUACACGAGUUCCAUGUCUGGCAGCUGGCCGGUGAUAAAAUCAUCGCCAGUGCGCAUAUAAGGUGUCGAAACCUGUCAGAAUACAUGAAAAUAGCAGAAAAGGUGAAAGAGUUCUUCCACAACGAGGGCAUCCAUUCGACAACCAUACAGCCAGAGUUCAUCGAACUACCGCUUGAUGGGAACGAGAUAAUGAGUGGUGCGUCGGCUGAAGCGCCUUGUGUUCUGGACUGUCCGCCUAACGACGUCUGCCAGCACGCUACAUGCUGCGGCCCUAACCAGCAGGAGCGUAGCACGCCAUCGCCUGCAGUUACACCAUACCUUUGCCGGCAACGGAGUAUGGGCUCCCGUACUGAGUCCGUCAACUCUAACAUAGGCAAUCCAAAUCAGACGAAUAGUACGAGGAACCUUGACGCUUUAGAAUGCGGAUCGCUCCUUCCACCGCCGUUAGGUUGGCGACCUGAUCUUCGGCCGGGCUGCCGGCUACCGCCUAACUCCGUCUCGCUUUCACUGCAACAGCUGUGAAACCCGGUGAGCUAGCAAACAAAUUAAGUUGCAAAAUAACAUAAGGUCUGCUAAGCGCUUGUAAUGCUUCGUGAUUUGACGAUUUAUUACAACCGGACACUCGUCUUUUUUCUUUUCCACGCUGCCUGUGUUUAGUAGGCGGUGAUUCGAUCAUGUUUUUAUUACAUCGUUUAAGGCUGAAGACAUUAUACAGGCGGAAAAAAUGGCUGAAUUUUCGUGCGCAAUGGUACUUCAUUAAUUAGCGCUAUUAAUGGAUUUGUAUUUUGCGAAUUCAGUCUCGUUUUUUCUACUAAAUAUGUCCCUAGCAUAAAGAUUGGAUUGUUUGUAAGACAAAAUCUCUUUUAUAAAACCCAAAGGAGAUCGUACAAGUUAUGAAUAGAAUGAGGGUGUAUUCCACAACUAUAGUGCACGUGAAGUUGGUAAUACCAAAAACAAAAGUUGUUGACGUUAGUAUGUGAGUUAUUUAAGAUAAUUUGUUUUAUAAGUCGACAUUUUAUAGUCUUUAAGACGACGACGUCUAACGAAUGUUAUAAUUUGCCCGUUGGGAACGCUUUUCACAUGGCACGUGAUUAAUAGUAAGUUCACAUGACAACUACACGAAUUUUAUAUUUAGUGCGUGCAACGCACGUCUGCAUAUGAAUACCAAUACCGCUUCUUACAUUUAAAAUUCGUAUAGUUGUAAACGUGCGUCGAACGCUUGUCAUGUGGACCGGCUCUAAGUCACUUACUUUUUUUCUAUUCUUUCCUCAUUUAGUAUUAACGGUAAUGUAAUCAAAAUAACAUAUAACGAGUGUUACCUGUUUCUAGUUACUCGGGAACUAAGAAGACGGCAAUUAUUGUCACAUGUCACAUAUUCACCUAAUCUUCAAGUAUUAUGCAUAGAGUGUAUAAUAUACCUGUAUUUGAAAACCCGGAAUGAUUAAAAUAAAUAAAAGCUAAAAAAUCGAAACUAAUUAAUUAUAUUUUUACUCACAUUACAAUACUUUUCUUCUACCUAUACAAUAAAUUGCAAUAAAAUAAUUCGGUUAUUUCAGAGGGAGGUAUCGUCCGCUCUGUGUGUAACUUCCUUUAUAAUACAAACGUUUAUAAAUGAACAUGUAGUUAUGUAUAACUAUGAACAAGUUUCUUUACAAAUUGUGUAUUCAAGAGUAGGUUGAAGAUAUUUUGCAACAUCUUUGCAGAAUACCAUUUGACAUUCAGCCAUUUGAAUAACGUUCCAACGGCAUUAUUACACAGGAUCCUCAUUUUCACAAAUUGCACAUUGUCUUCAUAUCACACCGUUCACAAAAACUUUUCUAAAUUCUUUCUCUUUUGUACCAUAACUUAGCCCUAAAGUACAAUAACAAAUUUUGCAUAUUAUUCAACGGUAGUUUUUUAUCUCAUUUUUUUACAAUGUAAGUCGACGAUAAUAAGUUUUAUUUGAUACAGAAGGUAAACAAAAUAAUUAAUUUGUUCUUAAAUCGGGGUAUUCGACCUGGUGUCUUUUUUUUCACGUGAAUAGCGCGGUGUAAUCUUUUAAGCUCGUCACAGAUUGUAUAGCAUUACAGUUCGCUGUAUAAACAUGUCAAAAUUCUUUAUUGAAAACCAAACCUUGCGGCAUUUUUUACAGCAUUCAAUAUCUGAACGUAACAGAUUAACACACCGCUGUAGUAAUUCGUACGCAUGUUUUUGUUAUCGGUACAGAUUACAAUCUAUAUUUCUGACAUUAUUAUAAUUGUAAUAAAGGCAAUAUAGAAAUUCUUACGCUUUAUCUUCAACUUUUAUGGGCUGAACAUAAGGCCCAUAAUGAAGUGAUGGCAAGCAAUACUUUGGUAUACUAAAAGUCUUCUGUAUCGGGCCUUACCCUACCUCCGCGAUAGUAAAAGUAUCAUUUUAAAUCCUUUGAGUGGCUAUUAACUACAUUGCAUUAUAACAGACACGGUUGGAAGUAAUUGUCGUUGUUAUCUUAUUCCGCAACAAUACACAAAAGAUUUUCAAUUAUAGGUCAUAUUUUCAACAAAGAAUUUUGAUAUUAGAAUGAUAAGUAUAUUAUAAAAGGCAAAAAGCAAUAAGUAAUCAUAAAAUAGCCAUUUAAGUAUUACAAUACGUGUAUAAUUUAAAAUAUCCUUCAUAACAAUUUAACUUUGUAUGCUCAAGAAAUUAUACGGCAGUAAUGCAGGGAUUUUUUUAGUUUUGUUGUUGUUUUCGCAUUAAAAGAAACAAGCACUACGUAGAUAUUAAAAAGGAACAUAAUUGUAGCCACCUUACAUUUUUAUUUUUAAAGGCCUAGAAUACAAAAAUAUGAAGUCUAUAGAAUAUCACGAUAUUUUACUAACAAGAUAUUAAAUUAUUUUUUUGUGAAAUUUCUCCACUAGUUUGUUAUAAUUAUUAAUACAAGAUAAGAAUUCAUUCGAUCCAGCUUGACGAGAAACCUGCGCCUUCAACUGACGCUAUUCUAACUGAGCUACGGAACGAACCAGCCCUUACAAUUUUUUUAUGUGUUUGUUGCAGAUCUUUGUUUUUUGUUUUUAUCAACUUUUUGUCGUAACGCCAUCUAUGAGCAAUUUAUGUAAGCCACGUUAUGGUGAAGGGUUGUGUUUAGUAUUCGAUCUUUGUAUUAAUAUUUAUAUAAGAGUAUUGUUAAGUCUUCCCAGGUUUUACAUAUUCAAAUUUUCAACAAGGAUACACAGAAACGACGUUUAGUAAAGUAUACCAAGUUUUCCAAUGGCGUUGAUAGUUUUUGGUUAUAUCGAGUUCUUAGGUUUUCGCGAUUGUUACACAUAGGAAAUGAAACUAUUUUUCCGGAUUUAAA